AUGGAGAGCUGGGGCCUGCUAUUCAACUGGGGCCAAGAUGGAGGGCAGGGCAUUGCCUUCCAGAUAAGGGAUGUCCGUGUCCGUGUGCUCGAUGAGGUGGCAUGGGUCAACAUGAAGGCGAAUGUUGACGUUGACCCUGUGCUGUUCCAUGUGACCAACGUGUACGAGCUCUGGAACGGCAGGUGGUAUAUGGUCCAUCACCACAGCUCGCUCAUGGCUGACCCUGCUCCGCAUAAUAUAUGUUUGGUUGAAGCUGGAGGAGAAGAAAAGCAAGAAGAAACCUUUGGGAAGAAAAUUCGGUGCUACUUUAUCUGCUUCCAGACGCUGCGAGUUGAUCAAUUCUCUUCUAGAAUCGGUUGA